AUGUAUCAUUACUGGGUGCAGGAAUAUCUGAGAGUGAUUAAACAGGAGUUAGAAGGUCCUGCCGAGGCCUACAACAAAGCAUGUAGCGACUACUCCCAAAUGAAGCAGGAGAUUGAUUGCCAUGUAGCGAGGGGAGCCGACAUCAUUGGCAUGACCACUACUGGAGCAGCCAAAUACCAUCACAUCCUGAAUAAUAUUCACCCAAAGAUUGUGAUCAUCGAAGAAGCUGCUGAAGUCUUUGAGUCUCACGUCAUAACCUCCUUACCUCCCUCUGUGCAGCAACUCAUCCUCAUUGGAGACCACAAACAGCUUCGACCCAAACCAAACCACUAUGAACUUGAGAAAAAGUAUAAUCUUGACGUCUCCCUUUUCCAGAGGCUUAUAGAGAACGGUAUUCCUCAUGUUACCCUAACAGUCCAGCACAGAAUGAGGCCAGACAUUGCCUCACUAAUACAUCCAGCUAUCUAUCCUGAGCUACAAAACGGACCACGAGCAAUUAAGCAUGGGCAACACAAAAUAGCUGGAGUUGGUCACAACCUUUUCUUUAUUCACCAUGAGAAUGAAGAGGAGAGGCAAAACCCCAAUGAGUCGCUUAGUCAUAAAAAUAUUCAUGAAGCUGCAUUCAUGGUUGCCUUGUGUCGCUAUCUCAUCAAGCAAGGCUACAAACCAACACAAAUCACUCUUCUCACCAUGUACAGAGGUCAACUAUUGGAAAUGAGGAGUAGAAUGAAGAGAAUUGAAUUUGAAGGUGUACGUGUUGCUGCCGUGGAUGACUUUCAAGCUGAGUGUCCACCAUGCACAGCUAAAUGCUCCAACUACUGCCCUCACAGCAAGUGCCCAAAGAAUUGCUACGAACCUUGUGAUCCCUGUGCAGAGCCUUGUCAGUGGAACUGCGACCAUCUUAAAUGCACCAAGAAGUGUGGAGAGCUGUGCAAUCGUCCACGAUGCGACAUGCCGUGUCUGGAAAGGCUAGAAUGUGGCCAUCAAUGCAUUGGUCUUUGUGGUGACAAGUGCCCCAAACUGUGCCGUGUGUGUGACAACGAUAUGGUCACAGAGAUAUUUUUUGGAACGGAAGAUGAACCAGAUGCCAGAUUCGUUCAGUUGCAAGACUGCAAGCAUGUCUUUGAAUAUACCGGCCUUGACCAGUGGAUGGACAGGGAAGAAUCUGAGGAAAUACAGUUCAAAAAGUGUCCUCGCUGCAGCACUCUCAUGCGAACAAGUUUGCGCUAUUACAAUGAAGUGAAGAAAGUUCACAAUCACUUUGAGGAAAUCAAGAAAAGCAGCUUCAGAUGUCAAACAUUGGCCAAGUGCUAA